AUGUCGCGCUGGGUACUUGCGAUCGUGCAUCCUCUCCCCAAGCAGCACCCAGUCGGCGUGCACUGGGGCAAGCACUGGAAAGCCGUGCAGCCACACAAAGGCGCCCUCCAUCCACCAAAUCGCGGCCGCUUGCGAUCUGAGUGGUGGCACGUACCGCCCCGCCUCUUUGAAGAGGACCCCUACCGGGGCUGCAUCCCUUUUGCCGUCGUCCGUUGCCCUUAUGCUCGCGCCAUCAGCGAGUUCCGGUGCCGGUGGAAGGGCUACGCCGCCCCCGCCCGGGACGAAGACCGACGCAGGCGCCGCCUCGGCGCCACCGCGCAGGAGCUGAACUCCUGGCUGCAGGACAAGUUGACGAAAGGUGCUGCCCGCCCGCCCUUUCGGAACGGCCACUUCAUUCCGCAGCACUUGUACAUCUACGACGCGAAGGGCGAGCGCUACGUGGCCGAGGAGAACAUGCUACGCUUCGAGCGGCUGAGCGAAGAACUCGAGGCAUUGGGCCGGCGUUUUGCUGUGCACUUGCCGACGCUCCCGCACACCAACGAGUCCGAAAUGCCGAGGUUCUCCGUGGAAGACCUCACCCUAAACACCCGACGUCUCAUCGAGUCUGAGUUUGCCGAAGACUUCGACCUGAUUUACGUUGCUGCCUUGACACCAGGUCAGAUGGCCUUGAGACCAAUCAGGGUACUCAAGCAGCUGGACCAUCCCAACAUUUGCAAACUCUAUGAAGUUUUCGAAGACAAGGACUCCAUCUACAUCGUGAUGGACUUGUGCCACGGCGGCGAGCUUUUUGACCGCAUUGCCGAGGGCGCCCUGGGUGAUGAAGCCCAGGUGGCGAAGCUAAUCCGACAACUGGCUCGGGCGUUACGGUACUGCCACGACCGGGGCAUUAUCCACCGUGACAUCAAGCCUGAGAACAUUCUUUUUGUUUCUUCGCAUGCCGAAGCACCAGCAAAGCUGAUCGACUUCGGUAUUGCCUGCCACUUCAAACAGACGGCGACGCUCCGCAGCCGGGGCGGCACUGAGGCGUAUGAGGCGCCAGAGGUGCAGUCGGAGAACUACUCCGAGAAGUGUGACAUGUGGUCACUGGGAGUCCUUCUUUACGCGAUGCUCAGCGGCGAGAUGCCCUUCAAGUCAACUUCGGAUGCCAGGACCGGUACAUUCACAAUGUCCGGUGAGGUCUGGGACAAGGUCUCCCCCCAGCCGCAGGAGCUGAUCCGUCGACUCCUGGUUCCAGACCCGACUCUCCGCCUCUCUGCGGAAGAGGUCUUGAUACACCCCUGGGUCAGGGACACCGAAGAGGCGGAGGUCAUGCCAGCACAGGUGGCCGCGCGGUUGAAGCGCUAUCAAAGCACGUCGUACUUUCGGAGGAUACUCCUGAUGGUUGUCGCGCGGCAUCUGGGUGCAAACGACCUGCCCGAGAUCUACGACGCGUUCAAGGCCAGCGACACGAAUGGCGACGGCUCCUUGUCCCUGGAGGAAUUCCGCCUGAGCUUGGCCCAAGUGCCCAGGGACACACCGGACUUCAAACGGGACAGCUUCGGAGACUUGGCAGAUCUGUUCGAGGCACUGGAUGCUGAUGGCAGCGGUGCGAUCGACUACAGUGAGUUCAUGGCUGCGGCAAUCGACCGCAAGAUCCUGUUCCGCGAGGAUUUGUGCCUUCAGGUGUUUCGGGCCCUCGACCGGGAUUCCAGCGGCAAGAUCUCGAUCCACGAGCUGUUCCAGCUCCUCAAGGAUGCAGAUCCGGAGGACUUGCUUGGCACGGAGCUUCGAGACGAG